AUGCCUGCUUUGGAGCCCGACGGGAACGCGGGAGCUAUGGUCUGGGACAUGGGCUGGCCUUCGUGGGGCCGAGGCUUUGCCUCGUGGCCCGCAGUCGGUGCCCUUUGCCUCGUGUUGAUGCAAGGCUUUCCGGGGCUAGUUGGCAACAACCUCACCAUGGAGUCAGACCAACUCAGCCUACCCAUUACGGUUGGCGGGGCCUCCGGCUGCGUCAUGAGCGCAGCUCUCACCGCCACCAGCCCCUCCAAGUACCCCAGGGCGAUUCUCGAGUUCGUCCUGCCCGCGCUCAUUGUGACCACGGCCUACGUUCUGUUGCUGACAGGUGGGGGUGAGCACCACACCACGGGCGACAAGAAGGGGGGGUCGCGACCCUCGACCACCAGGGGCAGCGACUACCUGUCCCUGCUCAUCCCACGGUAUGUGGGCCAAUCGCGCCGGGCAUUUAUCGGGAGCCUCUUGUUCUUCCUCACGUUCCUGGUUGCAGCAGCAGAUGCUGUGUGCCCGACGUGCGGCGGCAACCUCGCGUCGUGCGACUACGACACCUCCCAUACUUGCCCCGCCGCCACUGUCGUGGCUAACAACGCGAAAGUGCUCCUCGGCACGGCGGCGGUGAGCACCAUGACCAUCGCGAACCUGCUCCGACCACGGUUCCUGCGGGUCCUGGGAGGGGGAAUGCUGCAGCGCUUUGUAGCCCUGCACCGCCAACCCGAGAAGGGCACGACUUUCGAGAUCAAGCGGACCACAAAACCAUCCGAGGUGACGGCGGCAAUGCAAACUGGGAGAAUCUCCCAGAUUGACGCGGCGACACAGAUCCAGCAAGUGAUCGAAGAGAUUGACCAGGCGAUCGACACGGCGGGGGACGACGCCGCAAAGGCGCUGCUCGAGAGGGAGAAAGAAAAGUGGACGGACUACCUGAAAGGGGGCUUCAAAUAUGUCACUUCAGCGACCGAGUCUGACGGCCUCAGUGGACCAGAGGGGACGAGCGUCACCGGUUCCAUGUCGCUGCUCUGGGCGAAUGUCUCCACGUUCAUCAGUCGGGGUGAGAGCUGCGAUCGCGCAGACGUCACCAGGAUGGUCCAAACCUUUACAGCUCAGCCCCUCGCAUGUUACUGCAGUGUGACACCCAAAAGGUGUUGGACAACGGUGACACGAGGGCUGGGGGUGUGA